AUAAUUGGAAGCUGAAAUUUUUAUUAUUUCUUUCCGUGCUCAAAAACACCAAAAUUGAAAAAUGAACAGAUGAUCGAUCCACAUGGUGUACAACCUUCAACUGCCUUAGUUGCUUGCUGGCCGUGAAUGAGCCCGUCUCAAUGCUGGCAGUGAAUCAGGCGAGAGACGUAUGCUUCUUCGCUUGUCUUGUCCCAUUGCUCGUUCACUCUCGCUUUCACUUUCUGGGAUAAGGCAGAGUUCAGAUUUUAGAAUUAGAGUGCUGAUGGUUCGUGAAAAUUUGCAUUCAAGUCGCCGAAGGAUGCAUGCUAAUUUUCGACUGUGUAAUGUAUCUGGGUAUACAACCGAGUUACUGGAGAUUCAUGCCCAGGACCCUUCAUUGCACGUUUUGUUCGUUCCAGGAAACCCAGGCGUUGUUACAUUUUACAAGGACUUUGUGGAGUCACUCUAUGAGCUGCUGGGUGGAAGUGCUUCUAUUACAGCUAUUGGGUACAUAUCCCACACAAAAAAGGACUGGGAACAUGGCAAUUCAUUCUCUCUGCAAGAUCAAAUUGAUCAUAAGGUGGGAUUUAUAAAAGACGAGCUUCAGAAUAUCAAAGUUCCUAUAAUACUGGUUGGGCACUCUAUUGGAUCAUAUGUAUCCAUCGAAAUGUUUAAACAUUUUGGUCAGGUCAUAUAUUGCAUUGGACUGUAUCCAUUUUUGGCAGUAAACACGGAAUCCUGGAAGCAGUCCAUGAUUGGAAAGAUUGCAGUGUCCCCAUUUAUUUGUGUUGCACUUAGUUCUGUUGUAGCCUUGUUGGGGUUCUUACCAAGUUGGGCUUUGAAAUUUUUAGUGAAAAAAUCACUUGGGAACUCAUGGUCCGCUACCGCUGUUGAGGCUACUUGCACUCACCUGCUGCAGUACCAUUGCAUGCGGAACAUGCUCUUCAUGGGAAUGACGGAGUUCAAAAAGCUUUCAGAAACACCAGAUUGGGAGUUCAUGAGAGGAAAGCAGGGCCAGAUUGCAUUUUUGUUUGGCAUUGAUGAUCACUGGGGUCCAUUGUCAAUGUUUGAAGAGAUUUCCAAGCAGGCCCCAGAUAUUUGCCUAUCCAUUGAAAAGGAAGGACACACCCAUGCUUUCUGUUGCACAGAGGCUGGCUCCGUAUGGGUUGCUCAGCAUGUAGCCAGCUUGAUCGAGACUCAAAAACUGGCUUCAACUCAGUAAAGCCAGAUUCAACUCUUUCCCUUCUACCAUUUGGUCCACAGAUUUUCUUAAAUAAAUGGAAAAAUGUUCAAAUUACACAAUAGCUUGGGAGCCUCGUAAUGGUAUAUAGAGGUUGAGAUGAAAUGGGUUUGUUGUUAUUUUUAAUAUUGUUAAUUAUGAUACUAGUAAUUGUAAUUGUAAUAGAUGAGAUCAGCAAUAAUGGUGUGUACUAUUCUUCUACCAA